GAGAUGGACGUUCUCAAGGCGGAGAUCGAGCGGAAGCGGAAGCUGCUGGAGGAGAAGGAGCUGCUGGAGGGAAAUAAGAAAUAUUUCAAGCGCAGCGAAUUAGCCAAAAAGGACGAAGAGGCGUAUUUCCAAAGAUGCGGUUACAAGGUCAACGAUGAGGCAGAACAGGACGAAAACCCAGCGUCUUCAAAUCCGGUGCUGGAGCUGGAGCUGGCGGAGGAGAAGUUGCCCAUGACUCUUUCUAGACAAGAGUCUCAGAGGGGAUGGAGAGUUUUGAGAGCACCACAAGUUGCUAAUCUUGUGUCAUCGGGACAACGCUUCCUGGGUCAGGAGGCAGGUGAAGCAGUAGGCUGGAACCACCCCCAAUUUUAUCUUAUUAAGAUUGCCUGGAUGCCCCAGAGGCUGUUUGGGGAAACAGAUUAUGAUGCCUUUCAGCGAUUGCGAAAAAUAGAAAUUCUGGCUCCGGAAGUGAACAAGGGAUUGAGAAAUGACCUGAAGGCUGCUUUGGAUAAGAUUGAUCAGCAAUAUCUGAACGAGAUCGUCGGUGGGCAGGAACAAGGCGAGGAUGACGCACAGAACGACCUUAAAGUCCACGAAGAGAACACGACCAUUGAAGAAUUAGAGGCCUUGGGAGAAUCCUUAGGUCAAGGGGACGACCAUAAAGAUAUGGAUAUCAUCACUAAAUUCUUGAAGUUUCUUCUUGGAGUUUGGGCCAAAGACCUGAAUGCGAGAGAGGAUUAUUUGAAACGGGGCGUCCACGGAAAGCUGAACAGCGCCACCCAGAAGCAGACGGAGUCUUACCUCAGACCUCUCUUCAGAAAACUCCGCAAAAGGACUCUUCCUGCAGACAUCAAGGAAUCCAUCACGGAUAUUAUCAAAUUCAUGUUGCAAAGGGAAUAUGUGAAGGCCAACGACGCCUAUCUCCAGAUGGCUAUUGGAAAUGCUCCCUGGCCAAUUGGCGUCACUAUGGUUGGCAUUCAUGCCCGUACCGGUCGAGAGAAGAUCUUCUCCAAGCACGUAGCCCAUGUUUUGAACGACGAGACUCAGAGGAAAUACAUCCAGGGUUUGAAAAGGCUCAUGACCAUUUGCCAGAAGCACUUCUCCACUGACCCAUCCAAAUGUGUGGAGUACAACGCAUUGUGACAACGCCACAACCUGUUUCUGCUCUUGGGGAGCCAGGCAAGAUGGACGUGGGACAGUCUUUGUGAGAACUUUGCCUCUGAAGCCUGGAAGAAACUGCUGAGGUCAGCGUUGUUCAAAUUUGGG